AUGGAAGCAACGUCGCCCAUGCCGUCAUCACCCGGACCCGAAGAAGGGAAUGAUCAAGAAGAGACGAAAAAAUCGAUUUUAAAACGAUUUGUUGAUACAUAUCGAGCAAUGCCCGAAUUGUGGAACAUUACAUUAAAAGAAUAUUCGGAUAGGGACAAAAAAAACGAGGUUAUGAAACCUGCUAAAACUCUAAAGAGGAAAAAAGAACGUGACAGCAGCAGCGGGAGCUCUGAUAAUAAUGAUCAAAUUUCAUCGCCAAGCUCUUCUAAAACUGAACCUGAACAACCGUUGAAUUCUUUAGGAUCUAAAAAAGUCACUGUUUCUGAUUUAGAAUCUUUACCGUCAACAUCUGCCUUUGUAGUCAAUCCCGAAAUUGAAGAGAAUGAUGGCUGCCACGAAAAUGACCUGGGUCGUUAUGUAGGACAAACAUUUCACCUGACGAUGGAAAGAAAAAAGGAGUUGUUAAAAAAUCCGGAAUCCACCACUCGCAGAAGUUCCGUUCCUAAUCUGUCACGACUGUGUGAGACUAGAUGGUCUGAAAAAUACAAAAGUAUUCGCUUAUUUGCACAAAAUUUUCCCGAGAUUGUCAAAGCACUUGAAAAACUCUCCAUCGAAGGAAACUACGCCACGAGAAAAUCUGCGUACCAGUUGUAUUCCGCCGUUACCAAAUCCUCACUAAUUGUUGCUCUAACUGUAAUAGCAAAAUAUUCAGCUUUACUGGAGCCGGUAGUUAAUGCCUUGCAAGCAAAAACUAUGGAUUUAAUUAAGUUGCAAGAACAUCUGAAUGUAAUCCUUAACGUACUAAAGAAAAACCGUGAUGAUGCCGACCUAGUUACUGAUGAAGUACUUAAAAAAGCACAAGACUUUGCAUUGAAAUUGGAAAUAGAAAUUUCUAUCCCUCGAACUACCAAUAGGCAAAUACAUAGAAGCAAUCCUCCAUCGGACUGUGAUAGUGACUACUGGAAGCGUUCAUUAAUUAUACCGUAUCUGGAUUCAAUUAUAGCUUCUUUAAAUAUUCGCUUUUCCCAAGAACAUACCCCAGCGUUUGCCUUAACAAAAAUACAUCCAUUAUAUAUGCUCGAAAUGGAAAUCAAUCAAGUAGAAAAAAAUGCACAAUAUUUUACCGGGUUUUAUCAAUUGAAUGAUAUUACUGCGGAAAUGGACCUAUGGUAUAAUUUGUGGAAGGAAAAGAAGACAACUGAGGAUCAGUUAAAAGGCGUCGAAAUAAUUGACCUUCUCGAUGAGACCGAUGUUUUUUACCCCAUCCUAAAACAGGCACUUUUGAUUUUAAUCACAAUUCCAUGCACCACGGCCACUGUAGAACGAUCCUUCAGUACUCUUCGAAGAGUGAAGACUUGGUUGAGAAGUACCAUGGGAGAGGAAAGGCUAACAGGAUUAUGUUUGAUGAGUGUGCAUCGUGAUUUAAUUAAAUCAAAUCGAGAGCAAUUUGAAAAUAAAGUUUUAAAUAAUUUUGCGGCAAAUCCAAGAAAAUUGUUAUUAAAGUAA